AUGUGUAUUGAUUACCGCCAGUUGAACAAGGUUACAGUGAAGAACCGUUAUCCUUUGCCUCGUAUUGAUGAUCUGUUUGACCAGCUUCAGGGUGCACUGGUGUUUUCUAAGAUUGAUUUGGGCUCAGGUUACCAUCAAUUAAAGAUUCGGGAGCCAGAUAUCCCGAAGACUGCCUUCAGGACUCCGUAUGGUCAUUACGAGUUCGUUGUUAUGUCAUUUGGGCUGACCACUGUCCCAGCAGCCUUCAUGCAUCUGAUGCACAGUGUAUUCCGGCCAUAUCUUGACUCUUUUGUCAUUGUCUUUAUUGAUGAUAUUCUGGUGUAUUCCCGGAGUCGGGAAGAUCACGAGCAGCACUUGAGGACAGUGCUUCAGACUCUGAGGGAAAAGAGAAUAUAUGCAAAGUUUUCAAAAUGUGUGUUU